UUCAAAGUGCUACUCAAGUUUACUACGAAGAAAAAAUAAUAUAUAGUGAAGAGAUGACAGUUGUGACUUCAACUCAUUUAACGAUUGAUAAUAAAGCUUCAGACUCAAAUAAAUAUUCUUUAAAAGUCUCUUUAGUAGGAAUUCCACAAAGAACAUUAACUGAAAUUAAAGAUACUGAAAAUUUCAUUAUUAAAACUCUUAUAUCUGAUUAUUAUGUUGGUCAGCCUGUUGAUUAUAUGACUAAAGUAAUUUUUUCACAUACAAAUCCACAAUUAGAACAUCUUAAAAUUACCAUAUAUUCACAAGAAUCAUUAAUCUUUGUAAUUAGACAAAUGGAAAUUAUUGACAAAGAAUUUUAUAUUUAUACUAACGAUAUCAGUUAUAUCAACACUAAAAAAAAUGAAUUAAAUAUAAAUAAUAAUGAAACACUACUUCUAGAUAAUCCAAUAUAA